AUGAAAAUUAAAGAGCUACAGAAGACUGUGAACAUUGCCUGGUCGCCAGCUCAGCAGCAACAAAUACUGCUGGCGGCCGGCACAGCGGCUCAGCAGUUUGACUCGAAUACAAAUGCUACAUUGGAGAUAUACUCGCCCAGCAUAGGCGAUGCUAGCUAUGAUUUGGAGCUCAAAGCCAGCGUGGCUAGCGAGCACAAAUUUCAAAAAGUUAUUUGGAGUCCAACUGGCAUGAAUGGCGCACAUCAAAAUGGUCUUAUUGUGGGUGGCUGUGAGGGUGGCCAUAUCAAUGUAUACUCUGCUGCCAAAAUGCUUGCCAAUGAGGAAUCGCUGCUGAUACGCCAAGAUAAGCACACUGGUGCUGUAAGCGGUCUGGAUUUCAAUCCGUUUCUAAACAAUUUGCUUGCUUCGUGCGCUUCGGAAUCAGAGAUUUAUAUAUGGGAUCUUAAUAACCCAGUGAGCCCUUUAGAUCCGGGUACAAAAACUCAGCCGCUAGAGGAUGUUAAAAAUGUGGCUUGGAAUCGACAAGUGCAACAUAUUUUGGCAUCUGUGUUCAGCACACGUUGCGUCAUCUGGGAUUUGCGCAAGAGGCAGCAGAUCAUCAAGCUCUCCGAUACACAAUCGCGUGUCAGAUGGCACGCCAUUGAAUGGCAUCCGGAGGUGGCCACACAAGUGUGGCUGGCAUCUGAGGAUGAUCAGGCGCCUGUGGUGCAGCUGUGGGAUCUGCGUUAUGCCACUGCUCCCGCUAAAUCCUAUCAGAUACACGAUCGUGGCGUGCUAGGCAUGUCCUGGUGCCAGCAGGACAACGACUUGAUGGUAUCCUGCGGCAAGGACAAUCGCAUCUACUGCUGGAACCCAAAUACGAAAAUACCCGAGGGCGAAAUUCUAUCCGAAGUCGCUACCACAGCCUCUUGGUACUCCGAUGUGCAAUUCUGUCCACGUAAUCCAGCGCUGAUUGCCAGCGCCAGCUUGGAGGGUGCUGUCUCCAUUUACUCGCUCAAUGGUGGCACACACCAUAUGGUGCAAACAUCCGAGAAGAUAGCCGACUCUUUUCCAGGCAUGGAUCAAUUUGCUCAAGCCCCACUUCCUCAACAAGCUACACAGGUCGUUUACCAUGACAUGACGCGUGCGCCCAAAUGGAUGAAGCGCCCUUGCGGUGUGGCUUUUGGUUUUGGUGGCAAGCUGGUUAGUUUUGAUAACAAGUCAAAAACCGUAAAAGUAUCACAGCUAACAACUGAACCUGACGUUGUGGAGCGUGCCAAUGCCUUGGAGCAAUCACUGGCUGGAGCUAACUAUUCCGAUUAUUGUCGUGAGCGUGCGGACAAGUCAACAGAUCAGCAUGGACGCUAUAUAUGGUAUUUCAUUAAGGCAAACUUUGAGCUCAAUCCCAAAGAAGAAAUGCUGAAUCUCUUGGGCUUCAACAAGGAUGACAUCGACAAUAAGUUUACAAAGUUUGUCAAGGAGGCUGAAAGCAACUCGCAGUCUGACGUGGACACGCUAACGACCCGUAUUUCAACUUUAACACAUAGCGACUCCUCCGAAGUUGAGUGCGACCAAAGCACCAAUUACAGCACCGACAAUUCGCAAACAGUCGAACACAACGAGCAACAAAACGAAUUCGCAUCGAGCCGCAGACCUCAAUUUAAAAUACCCAGUGGAGAUCACACUGACAGUCUUAUAACAGAGGCCAUACUCACAGGCAACAUUGAGGCAGCAGUGGAGCUUUGCCUGGAAGCGCAGCGUGUGCCCGAAGCGCUCAUCAUUGCAUCAACGGCAGGCAUUGAGCUGCUCAACCGCACUCAAACGCGUUAUUUGCUGCAGCAGAAGCAUGAGCUGUCCCAUGUUAUAUCAGCACUGGUUACACGCGAUUGGUUGGACUUUGUCAAUCGCUGCACCGUGGACUCCUGGAAGGAGGCUUUGGUUGCCUCGCUGAAGCACAGCGAGCGCAAGCUGGUGGACAUUUGUGAGCGCUUGGGCGAUCGUUUGUUGAACGAAAGCAGCAACAGCAUUGAGUAUACACGCAAUGCCAUGCUGUGCUACAUUUGUGCUGGCAGCAUUGAUAAGCUGGUCACCGCCUGGUAUCAGCUGAAGCAGCUAGAGCAGCAGAAUAACAACUACAAGUUGAAUACGCAAGAGCUGCAGGAACUGGCCGAGGUCGUUAUGCUUUUGAGCAAAUCUCUGGAGCAGCAGGGCAUUGCUGUGGAUUUAGCUGGACGCUUUGCUGGUUUCAUUUCUGAAUACAGUGGACUGUUGGCAUCGCAGGGCGCCUUGACAGCAGCGCUGCAGUAUAUAACCACCUUGAGUCAGGCCAAUGCGGAGAGCGAGGAUUUGAUUGAGCUGCGUGAUCGUAUUAGCAAUGCUGUCAAUUUCGAUAAUAUGCCCGUGACAGCUGCAGCGCCAGCAAACUAUAUGCGCUCACAGGCUGCAGCGCGUGGCUCAUUCUCAAAGGCGCCGAAUGCGAUGGCAUUCGGUCAACCCCAGCAGCCACUUGCUCCGUUCAAUCCCACAAGCAACGGCGGUUGGCCGCAAACGGCAGCACCCGCAGCUGCGAUGCCAACUAUGCCCACUCCUUUCAAAGCAGCUCAGCCGCAGAUUUUCAAUCCGCCACAAAUGAAAGCGGAGCCCUUAACGCAUCCACCGCGUCCUUCAAGCAAUGCCAGCUCUACAGGCGCGCCACAAGCUGGCGCUGGUCUUCCAUCGCGCUCCAAAUACGUGCUCGAUCCCUCUGUAGCGCCCACAAGCGCUUAUGGCAUGCCAUACAAUCCAGUUCCAGCUCCAGCAGCCAUGCCAUUUGGUGGUUCAGCUGCUCCAGUAUCACAGCCAACCAACAUGGCACAACCCUAUAACCCCAAUGCGUUCAAUACGAAUCCUAUAGCAGCGACCCAGCAAUAUAACCCCACAUCCUACAUGGGAGCGCCACAAAACAAUUACAUGCCUGGAGUAGCACCCAUUGAGACAAUGCCACCAGCUGCAGCACCAGCGCCGCUAAUGCAAAACAUACAACGUAAUCCCACACCGCCACCUGGCUGGAACGAUCCUCCAACACUGAAAUCGUCGCGUGUGCCGAAACCUAAGCCAGCGGCCGAAGCAGCUGCUAUAAUGCAUCCUAUAUUUGGCGCUGAUCCUAAUCAAAAUCAAAACACAUACAUGGAUCCCAAUCAAUAUCAGCAAAAUCUGCCACCUGCAGCUGGUAACAAUGCUUACUACAAUCCACAGGCCAAUAAUAAUGCUCCGGCAUUUGCACCGCCGCAGCAACAGCAAAUGAACUUCCAGCCUUCGGCGUUGCCUAAUCAAGCGCAACAGACACAAUUCUGGUCGGGUCAGCAACAGAAUCAGACUUACGGCUACACCGAGCAGCCGGCGCCAAUACAAGAGCAGCGUCAGCCAGAGCCGCCCAAGGAGAAGCCGCCACUACCAGAGGAAUAUAUCUACAUGCAGACCGUUUUGGAUGAACUAAAGAAUCAGUGCUUAAACUCCACUAACGAUCCACGCACUAAACGCAAGUUUGUGGAUGUUGCAAAACGCCUGGAGAAUCUCUAUGAUUGUCUGCGCGAUGGUCGUCUAACGGCUCCGACGUUGCAUUAUCUAAAUCAAAUUGUGCAAUGCAUUCAAAUCGCGGAUUAUGCCAAUGCACUUGAGAUACAUACAAGGAUCGCUUUUGGCACUGACUUUGCCCAGUGUGCUGGUUUCAUGCAAGGCCUGAAAGUUUUGCUACAAUCCGCUACAGAGCUGCAUGUAGCUCUACGUUAAUAAUAUAUUAAGUGAAAAGAAUGUUUGUCUAUACAGUUGUUGUAUGUGAAAUCUGUUUGUAUUAACAUUUUAUGUACUCCUGCUAUUUUGAAAAUGCAGUUCAGUUAAUCAUAACGUGGAAAUGUGUAGUUGAAACUAAUUCUAAACAAAAUGCAAUUCAUACAUACUUACAUAUAUAUUGUACACAAAUACAUAACUAUAUUGAAUAAAAGGAAAUACUGUUUCUA